AUGGCAAGUCUUCAUAUGCGAGUAUCAGACAUAAUCGACCACUAUUUGUCUUCAUACAGUCGUACCCAGAAGAUGGCUGUUCUUGUCAUUUCCCUCUUAGUACUUUUCGCUUUCGUCCAGACCAUCAUUACAUCUCUAAAACUUGGGCUGAGGUCGAUACCUGGUCCCUUCAUUGCACGAUUCUCGCCUCUCUAUCGCGCAUGGAAAAUCGCUAAAGGGAACGCUCCGGAAUUCUAUCUGCAACUUCACAGCCAAUAUGGUCACAUUGUUCGCACCGGACCAAAUACUGUGGACAUCUCUGACCCAAAGGCUAUACCUACCAUAUACGGGAUCAGCAGCAAAUUUCUGAAGUCACCAUUUUAUGAAACACUUAACCCCUCUUACGAGAAUGAGACAAUGCCAAGUAUGUUCUCCGUCCGCGACCCAGUCCAGCACCAAGCCCUACGCCGACCAGUGGCGCAAAAGUUCUCCAUGUCGUCAAUUAAAGCCCUCGAGCCAUUGGUAGACGAGUGCACCAAGAUCUUCAUUGAUUCAAUGAGGGAUUUCGAAGGGCAAUGUGUGGACCUUGGUGUAUGGUUGCAGUGGUAUGCCUUCGAUGUUAUUGGGGCAAUCACAUUCCAGCAUCAUUUUGGGUUCCUAGAGAAACGGAAGGAUAUUGAGGGAAUGAUUGGCGCUCUUGAUAACGGACUUAUGUAUGCUGGCAUUGUUGGUCAGGUUCCAACACUACAUCGCUGGCUCAUGGGGAAUCGCUGGGUUGCGAGGAUUUUGACUGCGCAACCUUUUGUUGAGGUCCUUGAUCCUCUACGCACAAUUGUGCAGUUUACCCAAAGAUGUAUCGAUGACUAUGAUCGCAAACCUUCAGAGCACGAUGAUCGUCCAGACUUCCUUGCUUGGCUCCGUAGCGAGGAAGCAAAAGGAAAGCCUAUGCCCAAUCGGGACAUGAUAAACCACUUAAGCAACAACCUACUUGCAGGGAGUGACACAACGGCGAUCUCGCUACGAGCGAUUAUUUAUUUCCUUGUUCAGAAUGGGUCAGUUUACCACAAACUCCAAAGAGAGAUCGACGAAGCAGACCGGACAGGAAAACUGUCCGAGUACAUUACCUACGCCGAGUGUCUCGAACUUCCUUAUCUACAAGCUGUAAUGAAAGAAGCCAUGCGAUGCCAUCCAGGAGUCUCAUUUCCUCUGGAGAGAGUAGUACCAGAAGGUGGAAUAACUCUAUGCGGUGUUCACCUCGGCGCAGGCACAGUCGUUGGAAUUAAUCCGGCAGUGAUACACCACGAUAAAACAAUUUUCGGAGAGGACGCUAGUGUGUUCAGGCCAGAGCGGUGGACAGAAUCCGACAAUGAGCGCAUCAAGCUUAUGGAUCGGCAUUUGAUGACAUUCGGAUAUGGAUCCCGGACGUGUAUUGGAAAGAACAUCUCUAUCAUGGAGAUGGGAAAAUUUGUUCCAAAGAUUAUCCGGCAUUUUGAGCUUGAAUGGGCUUCCGAUAUGGCUGAGUGGCAUGUGGAGACAUUCUGGUUUGCAAAGCAGCACGGUCUGAAAUGUCGCCUUCGGUCACGGGCAAAGUAA